GACCCGCCACGUCACUUGUACCAUGGAGAGAUAUCACUGUCGCCUAAAGGCCGCCGCACUUGGGCGAUUUUUUAGCGAUUUUCUUCGCGAUUGCCUUGUCAACUGCCUGAGCCACUGGAAUUUUGAGGGUUUAGUUGCUUCGUUUGCGGCAGAUCGUUGCCUUGAGUGACAACUGACUAAUCGGUUCAACUGGUCUCAUAUCUAAUCGCUUGUGCUUUCAUCACAUCGUUUGCGGACACUUGGGCGAUUACAUGACCGACUGCAUAUAAACGUCCGUUCCUCAGUAGGUCUAGUCAUUGGUCAACAUAGACAUGGAAGUGGAAGACUAUGCACAUGAAGACAUUGCCGUUAAACUGGCAAUGGAGAGGGAGAAGCAUCCAGGGUUGUAUGUGACAACUUGUAAUGAAUACAGGGAUGUUGACUACAAGGCUGCCGCUCUUAAGAGCAUCGGCAAGGCAAUCGGUUGCAGCGGUAAGUUGACAUUCGGGGUUAAUCGGGAACAAACAAACAUUGAAAAUUAAACGUACACCUUUAUUUCACCUUUAUUUUCAGUUAUCAUCACUUCAUUAUGAUUAAGCGUACUCAUGACAAUCUCUAUACACGUCUAUUUCAGUGCCCACAGUAAAAACCAAAAUGAAAUUUUUACGCACGAUGCUCGCUCGAGCUGUAAAGUGCCCUCCAUCCGGAAGCUCCCGGAAGAAGCUGCCGAAGAAACAAGAAUGGGUGAACGAAAACCUACAGUUUUUGUUGCCCUAUAUGAACACAGGCAAAACGUCAACGAAUCUCAUGGCACAAGCAAACACCCCUAAUGAUUUUGAAGAAGGAUUGGAAAGAAAAGAAGAUUCAAACGAUGAUUCAGAUGGUGAUAUGGUUGAAGAGGACAAGGUUGUGGAAGGCCCUGAAAAGUUGCCGGAUGACCCAGAGGUCCCUCCUAUGACAUCAGAAGGUCCGUCGACCAAACGCCGCAGCUCCUUCUCCUGCCGAACGGUCCACCGCAGCCGAGUUAAGAACGGGAGGACUACCAAGACACUGAGGAAGGGCAAAAUGAACCAGUUUGAAGAAGAAGAGUUGAGCCUGCUGAAAAAACUUACAAACCCUUGUGAGACACCUGCAAAACUUAAUCAGGACAUGGACGAAAUGGACUCUUUCUGUCGCCAUCUCUCCUUCAGACUCAAAAGGCUGGAUAAGCGUGGUCAGAUGAUGGUAGUACACAAAAUCGAAAAUGUCGUGUUUGACAUCGAGUAUAGUGGUUUGUUUGCAGGCAUUGAUGAUCAUCCCACUCCACAAAGCAGUGGGAUGCUUCCACCACCCGCCUACUUUCCUGCUGCCAGAUUCGAUACCCUAACAACAGGUAGCCCGUUUCCCCAACCUCGGCACCAAUACGUUCCGGGGGUGCCUACUGCCCAAACCCAACUUCCCCCAGUUUACAGUUUCUUCCCCCUGUACGCAAUUUUCAAAGGAUGACAACGCUGGCUAUGAGAGUUCGGAUAGGCCCUUCCAGUUAACCUCAUUGUGAGCUAUGACUUCAAUAACUUGUUCUGUAUGUAUAAAACCUCCUUUCCUUUUCAAAUUACCGGCAUAUAUUUGUGAAAAAUGUACUAUUCUGCUUAAAUACAUGAAUGUUGGCGUUUCCUCAGUCGUUGUAUUGCUAACGUCAUGGUUUUUAUAAUUUUCUACGUUCAUUUUCAACUGGAGACACAGGAACUUACCUUGAGGUACUUUUCACCGAGAGCGUCAAAUAUUGCCACUGUUGUUUCUUUCACGAUGUUUGAUAUUGUUCUUUCUCCAACUCUGAACAGAAAGGACAGACUUUCGAACGUUUCCCCUGAAAUUUGAGCAUAAGGUAUGUUUUAGAAUAUGAAUUUUUUUACAUUACACCUCAAAACUCAAUACAUAAAUUAUGGAAUCAAGUAAGAUUAUCUAUACUGACCAGGAGCUAGAAAACGCAGUGUGAUGGUUAAACGCUCCCCUGGUGAAAUUGCCUCUCGCAUUAGUGUAUCUUGUUUCACUAGCAGUGGUCCAAUCAGGCGGAUGAGGUCGUCGAAAAUAUCCGGUUUCAUUCUUGGGAACUUCCGGUACGAGUUCACAUCUUCGAGGCGGAGCUCCUUGACAAGAUUCUCGUAUGCCCCCAAACGCUGACGUCGGAGAAUCCAUUUGUGUGCCCAGAAGAAGCCGUUCUAUUUUGCCGCCGGCGCCGUUGGCGGCGCAAAAACAACAACGCAAUGACUAGCAUAUGCCGCUGACAACAGGCAGCCGCCAUGGGGUGGUAUGACUAGCUUGAAGAAGUUGACGCCGUCCAGUAUAUGGCUGAUCAUCACAUGACAUACUACCGAUCAGUGAUUGGCUGGCGAAGACCAGAUAAAUAAUAGCCCAGAUCAUGACAAAAGAAAGUUCAGCCGACCAAGCGAUUGAAAUUAAACAUGUUGAAUUUUCAGUCACUUCGUGCAACAGUUGUUUCAACUAGUCGGGCCACGAAGAAAAUCAGUUGCGCAGGCGAUUUUUGUCCGCAAACAAAAUCGAUGCGACGCCACCAUCGACUGCGACCUAGGUCGCUAUCGGAAGUUGGUCGCCGGUUUGCGGAUUAUUCACUCGACUGGUCGCACACGACGUCGCCUGGCGAUCUCACUUGCGAUCAUCGCUGGCAACGUCGCGGUCGCCAGUGGCGUCGGCAGUCGGCUCGAUUUUGUUGCCCGUGUGCGGCGGCCUUUAGACACAUGUUAACAACAAAGCAAUGUAUAAAUAGUGGGGGGAUUUCUUUCCCUCAACCUCGGAAUCAUGGGUGUAGAGCAUGUUUGCUCUACAUCUGUGUCGGAUUGUACAAGAGAAGUAAUAAAGUUA